UUCCCACGUCCAAUCGAACAGCCCAAAUACGCCUGACUGGACACACCGCAAUUCCGAUAGUCUCAGAGAACAAACCAAGAAACAAGUCCUUAGACAGCUUCGACAAGGAACAUCCUAUACUUUAGAAUGUAAAGACGGAUUACAAACUUUUGACAAUCAUUUCAAUGGAACUUCACAUCACUUUGAAAUGAAGUUUCACCACUCGGUUACUGUAUUUUGAUUCAAAUGUCAGGAAUUUGAGCUUUUUGGGGAAAGGUUUUUUAUUGGGGAAAAUGGACUGAUAGAGAGGUUCGAUUGUUUUCAACCUAACGGAAUAAUGAUUUGCGCAUUUUGGAUUCGUUUUCCUUCUGCAAUUUAAACAAAAUAAACUUCAUUUUGCAUUAGCCUAAAGUAGGCAUAUUUGUUCUAAGUUUUAAUAUUACGCUCACGAGCCAUGGAACUAUCUCUCUAUAUUCCGUUUUUAACUUUUUUCAUCACUUUGAUUAAGGUUCAUAGUGAAGUGGUGGAGCCGUCAAAACACCCAGGCCUGCAGGUGUUGGCCACGGCCUCACACUAUUGGCCGCUGGAUGCUGUGGACGGGAUCCACGGACUGUGGGACCAAAUUGGAAACAGAACAGGUCAUGUUAAUGGAAGUAAUAUAACUCUCAGAAUCCACAACCACACUGUGCUCCCUUCCUCCCAUAACUCUUCUUCUGUGUAUACCAAUGACUCUGCCUACACUAACAUUUCUGCAACAGUAGACAUUGUUGAAGGUAUGGUCAAUAAAGGCAUCUAUCUGAAUGGAGACACAGGAGGCACUUUCCUCCAUUUUGGAAACUACCAGAACACAUGUAUUAGUGACCCUGCUCUGUGCGGUCCCGAGGGGAUCACGUUUUCAUUCUUCUGGAAAAACCACGAGAUGGAGUCCCGUUUUGCCAUCGCCUCCGGGGGUAAAGUGAUCUCCAACGGCUUCUCUGUGUUUGCCAACUCCUACGGAGGAUACGUUGAAUUCUACACCAGAAGCAACUUCAAGAAAUGGAGGGCCAACAUUAAUAUUCCAGGCCCGUUCUGGACCCACGUCCUCUUCACCUGGACCAUGCAGGACGGCCUGAACAUUUACAUCAACGGCACGUUCAACAUCAGUGACCCUAAGGGCAGCGUAGAUAAAAACUAUGGCGACCAGUACCACAACCUGGUCAUAGGAACAGGCAACAGCCAGAAGUAUGGCCACUACGUUACAGGGGCAUUUGAUGAGUUCAUCAUCUGGGAAAGAGCCCUCUUGCCUGAAGAGGUGUCCAUGUAUUACAAAGCUGCCAUAGGUGAAGCCUUUGUACACCCCACAUCUCCCAGCAUCCCUCAAGAAGUCUCCUCCCCAGCACAAACAACUAUGGCCCCAGAUGUCACCAGGCCUGCCACCACCAUGCAGAGCAGAGAGCCCCCCAGCUCCCCAGAGCCGGAGCCAGAGCCCCUGCCCAUGCUGGGCUUCCUGGAGACACUGCCCUUCAGUCUGCCCAACAAGACCAUGCUCCUGGGCACUGCCGACAACCUCACCCGGGCUUUCCUGAGGAGUGUGGAGGAAGUGAUGUCGUCCCCAGACGUUCCAGAGCAGCAGUCCACCCGUUUCGUGAGCGGCCUGAUUGAGACCGUGGACAAAGUGAUGGGCCACAUGGUCUCCAACCUGGAGCACAGGCCCUCUCCGGUCUCGCUGGGCGGAAAGUCCUUCGUGGCAGACUACUCGCUGAUGAAGUUCCCCCAGAACUACAACCUGCCUCACUACCGCUUCCCCACGCAGGGGAAGAACUACAUCUCUGUGCCGGGGGAGGCCUUCGCCAUGCAGUCCCAGACCACUAUUGUCGGCCUCUUCUACCACAACAUGCACAGCUACUACAAAGGGAUCAAUCCUCUCACAACCAGGAUCAACGAGGCAUCUGAUUUCAAGGAUCACAAGAUCCAGGUGGCCAGUUUCCUCAUCUCCCUGAAGGUGGAGCCGUCGCCCGCCCUGGCGGUCAACCUGUCUGGUGCACCGCUCAUCAAGAUCGUCCUCACGCACGUGCUGAGCAAAGAUCAGCAAGAUCAGGCCUUAAACCAGAGCAAUCAAGUCUUCCUAUACUGUGCCUUCCUGGACUACAGUUCAAAGGAAGGUGUGUGGUCCAAUGAGGGCUGCGUGCGCUCGGCAGGAAACACGACCUACUCCGUGUGCCUGUGCAACCACCUCACCAACUUUGCCAUCCUCAUGCAGGUGGUGCCCAUCAAGCUCACCAGUGCCCACCAGGUGGCGUUGUCCGUGAUUGGUUACACUGGGUGCUCCAUCUCCAUCUUCUGUCUGACCAUCACACUCGUGACUUUCGCUAUCCUGUCGUCAGUCAGCACCAUCAGGAACCAGCGCUACCAUAUCCACGCCAACCUGUCCUGCGCCAUCCUGCUGGCUGAGAUCCUGCUGCUCAUCAGCGCUCGCUUUGAGCCGGGCACGCUGCCCUGUAAGGUGAUGGCUGUUCUCUUGCACUUCUUCUUCCUGAGUGCGUUUGCCUGGAUGCUGGUGGAGGGCCUGCACCUCUACAGCAUGGUCAUCAAGGUGUUUGGUUCCGAGGGAAGCAAGCACUUCUACUACUACGGGAUUGGCUGGGGCUCUCCACUGGUGAUCUGUGUGGUCUCCAUGACGUCAGCCCUAGACAGCUAUGGAGAGGUUGAUAACUGCUGGUUGUCCUUGAAGAAUGGAGCCAUCUGGGCUUUUGUUGCACCUGCACUGUUUGUCAUAGUGGUGAAUAUUGGCAUUCUAAUAUCUGUGACCAGGAUCAUUUCUCGGAUCAGUGCAGAGAACUACAAGGUUCAUGGAGAUGCCAAUGCAGUCAAGCUGACUGCCAAGGCAGUGGCCGUCCUUCUACCUAUUCUGGGCAUCUCCUGGAUCUUCGGAGUUCUGUCAUUCAACACGCACUCGCUGUUGUUCCUCUAUAUGUUUGCUGUGUUCAACUCAUUACAGGGCUUCUUUGUCUUCUUGUUUCAUUGUCUUCUGAACUCUGAGGUCAGAGCUGCCUUCAAACAUAAAACCAAGGUGUGGUCUCUGACCAGCAGCUCCAUCCGCAACAUCAACGUGAAACCCUUCAACUCUGACAUUAUGAAUGGCAACAAGGAAGGAUUGUCUCCCACCAAGAUGAACACCUGGGACAAGAGUAGCAACUCAGCCAAUCGCAUGGACCUCUCCGCUGUUUAGAACACAACGACAUCACUUCUUGGUAACAGAGUAGUAGAUGUAGGAUGCGUCUCCUGACUACACCAGUGUUCAUCAACAAACAGCCAACUGAGGGGUUGGUGGUUGUUUAUGUGAUAUUCCAGCCAUAGUCACUGAAUGAUGUGCCAUGUGCCUCCCCACCCACAACGACAGUGAGGGCUUUGAGGGGAAUCUCGUUUUGAUCUAAAGCUAUAUAAAAAAAAAAUCAACAUAUCUUUAAGACAAACAGACCCAAGAGACUGUGCCUUAUUAUGUGUUACCAUAAAUAUGUACGACCCUACAGCUAGACCUGGGAUGUCUGAAGAGGACAAGGGAUGUUUUUACCGAUGGGUAAUUAUCGUUCAGGGUCUAAGAUAUAUCAUUUGUUCGUCAGCAAUGACAAUGACUCGUACGAAAAACACAAAAGCAUACUUAAAAUCAAUUAUUUUUUUAUGUGACUAUUGUAGUUGUCUUCACGAUUUGGCCAGAGAGUGUAAAAUGUUUCUGUUGAUUUUGUUUUGUCUUAUUUUUUUGUUUAUUUUUGGACAUUUGCCUUUGCUUUGACAUGUACUGAGAGAGAGAGAG